AAAGCAUCUUUCAAAUCUCAAUUCCCAAACACAUUUUUUGGAGAAUGGGAAGUAAUUUGGGCAAUUUUGUUCUAAUUUCUUCAUUCAUUCUCACACUUUUUGCUGUAUCUGUAUCUUCAGCUCCUCCUCCUUAUCACUAUCUUGAUGGUCUUGUCCCAAAUGGUGACUUCGAAACUCCACCGCAUAAAUCAAACUUAAGAAAAACAGUGAUAUUAGGGAAAGACUCCCUCCCAAAAUGGGAAAUCAAUGGAGUAGUUGAGUACGUGUCAGGUGGGCCACAGCCAGGUGGGUUCUACUUCCCAAUCCCCCGCGGGUCCCACGCUGUUAGGUUAGGGAACGAGGCUUCAAUCUCCCAGACGGUGAGGUUAAGAUGGCGUUCCAUUUAUACGCUGUCGUUUGGAACCACUAGGACUUGUGCACAAGAUGAAGUGUUGAGAAUUGAAGCCGCUGGUCAAUCAGCUAAUCUUUCCAUUCAAACUCUAUAUACCAAUGGUGGUGAUACCUAUGCCUUCACUUUUAGGGCUAAUAGGAACAAUGUGAAGCUCACUUUUCAUAACCCUGGUGUUCAAGAAGACCCCACUUGUGGACCCCUCUUGGAUCAAAUCUUCAUCAAGGAGAUGCCACAUGUGCGUCGCCUUCCUGGUAACCUUUUAUUGAAUGGAAACUUCGAAGUUGGUCCUCAUGUGAUUAAGAGCUUCAACAAUGGAAUACUCCUUCCUCCAUUGCAAACUGAUCACAUUUCUCCACUCCCAGGCUGGAUCAUUGAAUCUCUCAAGCCUGUUAAAUACGUUGACAGACCCCAUUUCUUUGUUCCUUCAGGGAAUGCAGCCAUUGAAUUGGUUGCUGGAAGAGAAAGUGCCAUUUCCCAAAUAAUCCGAACUCUUCCUAAAAAGUUUUAUAAUCUGACCUUCACCAUUGGAGAUGCUAGAAAUGGCUGUCAUGGCUCCAUGGAUGUCCAAGCUUUUGCUGCUCAGCAUUCCAUCAAAGUUCCUUUCAUUUCUAGAGGCCUUGGAAGCUCCAAAACUGCAAGUUUGAAGUUUCAAGCAGUUUCUGUUAGAACAAGGAUUACAUUCUACAGUGCUUAUUAUCACACCAAGCUUCAUGACUUUGGCCAUUUGUGUGGCCCUGUCUUGGAUAAUGUUAUAGUUGUUCCAGCCUAGAUCUUGGCCUCCCAAAUAAUACUCAUAUAUAUCAAAGAGUUGCUUUUUGAAUUUUUUUCAUUGUUCA